AUGGGCGCCAAUGCGCCAGUCCCUGUCAACCCUGGCGAGAAGACUGAGAACUACGGCCUUUCGGUGCUUGACCUAGUCAAGCAUGCCGCCCGUACCGUCCUGGAGACCAUGGGAGAUGAGGACAGACUAGGGAUCGUGACAUUUGCAUCCAAGGCCAAGGUCGUGCAAAGGUUGAUGCCCAUGAACAAGAAGAACAAGACGAUCGCGGAGAAGAACAUCAAUGGCAUGAGACAGAUCGACGCAACGAACCUAUGGCAUGGUUUGAUGGAGGGUAUUAAGCUGUUCAACACGGGCGGCGAGAAGAAUAUGGGAAGGGUCCCCGCUCUGAUGGUCUUGACGGACGGGAUGCCGAAUCAUAUGUGCCCGAUCCAGGGAUAUGUCCCCAAGUUGCGUGGCAUGGAACAGCUGCCUGCCUCGAUUCACACUUUUGGUUUUGGAUAUUCCCUCAGAUCCGGUCUGCUGAAGUCCAUUGCCGAGAUUGGUGGUGGAAACUACUCCUUCAUCCCCGAUGCUGGCAUGAUUGGAACUGUCUUCGUCCACGCCGUGGCCAAUUUGCAGGCAACCUAUGCUAUUAACGCCACCUUGCACCUGAACUAUCCUGCUUCCAUCGACCUGGAGGAGACAACUGGCGAUUCUGUUGUCAAGCAAGAGGCGCUGACACUUCCCGAUGAAGACGGCGCCAAGCAACUCUCGAUAUCUCUAGGAAACAUUCAGUACGGCCAAUCACGAGACAUUUUCCUCAACGUCACAGCCCCCAAAGGCCUUGCAGCAGAAAAGUCGACCAUCAAGGCAGUGGUCGAGUACUCCCGGAUGACCAGCAACACCUAUAAGCAAACAGCCGAACAAUCUCUUCAAACUCCGACAACCCUGCCCGAGUCCGAAAUCGCCUACCACCUCUCUCGCUCUCAUAUCUGCUCCAUUCUCUCCUCCAUCAUCCCUAUCCGCGACGACGGCGAACACGAGGCCAUGAAUGACAUAUCGCCCGAGAUGUUGGAACAAUUCCAAAACCUCAUCAAAGGCCUCCCCGCCAACAAGUUCCCGUCCGAUCCCCAGAACAAGUCUCUCAUCGAGGACCUUGUGGGCGAACAGCCAAAGGGGCAAAUUUCUCUCGCCCUGACAAGGCCGGACUUUUACAUCAAAUGGGGCGUUCACUACCUUCCGUCCCUCCUCAACGCACACACUCGCCAAAUCUGCAACACUUUCAAAGACCCCGGCCCGCUUCAAUAUGGAGUUCACAGCCCUCUCUUCAUUGCCUGCAGAGAUAAAUUGGACGCGGCGUUCGACAGCCUGCCCGCGCCGACGCCUUCGAACCAACACAUGGCAACCCAUCACGGACGAGUCGUCAUGAGCUCGUACAACAGCUCGUCUGGCGUUUGCUUCGUCUCAUCCACCCCAGUUCGGCUGGGUUCAGGUAAGACGGUCCCCAUCAAAGCUCUUCGACGGGGCGUCGCGGUACAAACUCCCUCGGGUCCGCGCCGGGUCAUCGCCGUGCUCAAGACGCCGGUGCAGAGGGAGAUCAUGUGCCGUGUUGGAAGCCUGGUCGUCACGCCUUGGCACCCGCUUUCCCUGAACGGGGGCAAGAGCUGGGUUUUCCCUGCCAACGUUGCGGAUCGCCCGGUGAGGUAUACGGGGUGCAUCUACUCUGUUCUGUUGCAGCCGGAUCAGGACUCCAAUGCACAUGCGCUGAACGUCGCUGGUGUUUGGGGUGUCACUCUGGGCCAUGGGCUCGUUACCGGACGGGAUACAAGGGCGCAUGGGUUCUUUGGUGACUACAGCAAAGUUAUUACAAGUUUGAGGGCGAUAGGCCUAGACAGGAAGGGCGUAGCUGUUGGCGGAGGUGUGAGCAGAAGCCCGAGGACUGGUUUGGUUUGCAGCUUCAAGUCGCACAGCAAACGGCCCAUCUUCCAGAACAGGAAGAAAGUUGUCUCUUCUAUUGUUUAG